AUGAGGGUUUUCAAGAAGACCAGUGGAAACGGAGGGCUGACCCUCUACCUGGGGAAGAGAGACUAUGUGGACAACAUCAGCACAGUGGACCGAGUUGAUGGCGUUGUGAAGCUGGACACAGCAGAUUUUGGAGACAGAAAAGUGUUUGUGCAGCUGGCAUGUGCCUUCCGUUAUGGUAGUGAUGACCUGGAUGUGAUGGGCCUGUGCUUCAGGAAGGACAUCUGGAUCCAGCACGUCCAGAUCUACCCCGAGAGCCACAAGCCCACUCUGAGCGCCAUGCAUGACACCCUGCUGAAGAAGGCCGGGGACAAUGCAUACCCUUUCUCUUUUGAAAUUCAGAGCAACUUGCCAUGCUCAGUCUCUCUGCAGCCUGGACCCGAUGACAAGGGGAAGGCUUGUGGUGUCGACUUUGAGGUCAAGACUUACCUUGCCAAGGAAAAGUGCAACCCUGAUGAGAAGAUUGAAAAGAAGGACACUGCUCGCCUUAUCAUUCGUAAAAUCCAGUACGCUCCCUCUGAGGUGGGCAGCGGGCCCAAGGCUGAAAUCUGCAAAAGCUUCAUGAUGUCUGACAAGCCUGUUCAUCUAGAAGCUUCAAUGGACAAAGAUCUCUUCUUCCACGGUGAAGCAAUCCCGAUCAAAAUCAAGAUCAACAAUGAGAGCAACAAAACAGUCAAGAAAAUCAAAAUCACUGUGGACCAAACCACAGACAUUGUCCUCUACUCAGCAGACAAAUACACCAAGUCUGUUCUUAGCCAAGAGUUUGGGGAGACAGUGGAUCCCAGUAGCACCUACGAUAAUACUCUGUCCAUCACCCCCCUGCUGGCCGAGAACAAGGAGAAAAGAGGUCUGGCGCUGGAUGGACGACUGAAGGACGAGGACACUAACUUGGCCUCGACCACUAUGCUGCGGCAGGGUGUCGAAAAAGAUGUGUUGGGAAUCCUGGUUUCCUACAAGAUUAAAAUCAACCUCAUGGUGGCCGGAGGAGGCCUGCUGGGCGGCCUCACCGCCAGCGAUGUCACAGUGGAGCUGCCAUUGCUGCUCAUGCACCCCAAGCCUGAAGGAGAUGUUUUAUGUUCAGUCUACCGCCAGCAGAGGGCCACACCAACUCUGCUGAAAUGCUCCUCUCUCGCCAGCGAAGAAGACCACCACGACGACGACGACGCUGGCGUCAUCGCGCACAACGUGUAG